AUGAAAACUAAAUGUUCCUCUGCAAGACAUUACACUGACAACGACAACAAGGAAUUUUGUAACCUCAUGUCAGAGCAAUAAAUUGAUGAACGCUUUGCAAUUAUCUAAAAAUAAAACUCCUUUCGAUAAAUAAGGAGAAGAAACACAGCCACUGCCAGGUAAAACAAAAUUGAGGAUUUGUGCAUUUUAUUUGAGAAACUAAUAAAAAAAUCAACAAAGCAGAAACCUUUAAAAUAGAAAUAUCAGGCUAUCUGUUAGGAGUCAGGAAUUGAUUUUAAUGAGCUAAGAAAUAUGACUAGAAUGGAUGAUAAAUAAGAUUAUAUAAUCAAGUGUUGUGUAAAUUAGAUUUCUUCAUAAUUUGACAACAUUCUCUCCAAAUAUAACAUAAAUUCACAUACUGAAAGACAUCCAAAGAAAAAUGAUGAUCAAUUAGAUUUGUAUGGCUGGUUACAAGUUAAAUCUCAAUAUAAAUCCAUUUUGAAAAGAUUGAAAUUUGCAUUAGUGGAUAUGAUUUAAACAUCAAACAAUUUCAAAAAAGUUAAUAAUUUUCUAUCAUCGAAAUCUAAAGUAACUUCCUAAUAGGUAAGUUUCAUCCAUACUACUAAUAAUAUGGACACCAAAGAACAAUCCACUCAAUACACCUCAAGAAUCUAAGUAAAUGCUGAUAAAAAACUCAUUCUAAAUGUUCCUGAGCUUUAAUACUCUCCUCCCGAAUUGUUUUUUGAAUGGAAUAAAGCCAUAGAGGAUGGCUACAUAAGCACAGGUAAAAGUAUGCAUUUAAUGGGUUAUGAAACCAUUAAGAAAUAAUUAGCAAAUGGAAUUCAUUCCAAGAAACGAGACAAAAUAUUAAAUAAAUGCGAAUAAACUGGUAAUUACAUCACAGAACAAGAGCUUUAAUAUAUUGCUUCAACUAGUUUUUUGAUUAAUAAAUGUAUAGAUAGAGAAUUCAUUUAAAGAGCCAUCAAUUGCUUAGAAGAUAAUGUCAAAAAUCAAAUUGAAUUGAAUAUCUCUGAAUAAAUACUCUAAAACUUUUACUUCAUCAAAGAAAAUCAAGUCAAAAUUAGAAACAAAUAUUUUGAAGAAUUAAAUAAGAAAAAAAGACAACAAAUAAGUAAAUUCGUAUCUAUUAUUGUAGCUGAGAACACUAAAAAUUACUAGAGAUAAUAACACUUCUCAAAAGAUUCUCUUUAAAUUAGAGUGAUAAAAGGAAAAUUUGUCCAAUAUUUGAAAGAGGCUCAGAAAAAGAAGUUUCUAAAGGAGGCAUUUGACCAUAAAAAGUAGAGUGCUUUGAGAAGGCUGAAGAAUUCAGGAAAUCCGUUAGCCAAUAUAUAUGUUUAGAAAUUCAAGGAGAUUAUGCUGGGAAUUGUCAGAAAAUAUAGAGAAAGAAAAGGAACUGAAAAAAUAAAACAAUAAAACUUUUUAGAAAGAAAUACUUCAAAAUAAACGUUUAAGCCAUUAUUUAUAAAAGGCCAAGAUGAAUUGUAAUUAGAGUAAGUAAAACAUAUAUUUCAUCCACCCUCAAAAUUGCUUGCACUGGACCCAGAGGAAAAGUUUUAAUAGCAUUAAAAAGAGAAGAUAAUAAAGUGGAGCAAAAGUUAUAGAUUAGGAAUAAGAAAUUAUAAUAUUAGUUAGAACGAAUUUAUGAAGUUUUAUAGUGGAGGACCAUAAACUUGCAGAUAGUUUUAGAGUUAAAAAUUGAAAGGAUUAAAUGAUCAUUAAGAGCCUGAAUUCCCUAGUUAAUAACAAUGGAUUACAGAUGAUAUUGAAGUGCAAGCAGCUAAUAAAAUAAAGAUGGCAAUCAAGCGAUAUUUGUAUAAAAAGAAGUUCUUCAAAGUAUUAGAAAAGAAAGAACAAUUAAAAAGCAUAGACAUAGAAUAAAGAAUAUAAAAGUGUAUGAAAGCAAAAAGAUUUUUUGAAGAAUUGCAUAAAGAAUUGAACAAUCAAUAAAAUGAAAGAUUAAAGGAUAUCACCUAACAUUCUCCUCCUAAAUUACCUAUGGAUAAAGUUGUAUUUAUUCCUGGGUCUGCACCCACAUCUCCAUAAAUAAAUCGAUUAAGCAAACAUAAAACUACUGAGAUCUCAUUAGUUAGUAGUCGUAUCAUUAAAUAGUGUGAUAUGUAAAAAAGAGAAACAAAUGAAAAAUAAAGAUAAAAAUUACUCAAUAAAUUUGUUAGAACCAGACUGGAUGGUGAAGCCAAAAUAAAAAAUAGAAAGUUGAUUUAAGCUGCAAAAAUGAAGAAUAGUGCUAUUGCAGAAGCAGCUGGGUUCCAUUAUAGUAAAGCUGAUACAGAACUUUAUGAUCAAAAUGGAAACACUCCUUUAUAUUAUAGUGCCAAAUAUGGAGAUGAAUCAAUGACAAAAUUCCUAUUGAAAAUAGGAGCUGAUGUCAAUUAAAUAUGUUCUAAUGGAAAUACUCCUCUUCACAUGGCUUUCCUAUCUGGGAAUUCAUAAAUAAUAAUUGAAUUCAUUAAUAGAAAUGGUAAUCUUAAUAUACUAAACAAUGACAAUUAUACUCCUCUAGCCUUUGGAACUCAGGAAUUACUUCAAUCUCUAAAUUUGAUUCAUUGCGUUGCCACAGUUAAAUAAGAUAACACUAAAAGAAUUGAUAAUCAGCACUUGAUCCAUAGAAAGAUAAAGUCUGAAACCUACGAACUUAACGAUGAAUUAGUAGUGGAAAUAAAAAAGAGAGGAUGA